AUGUCUGACUCCAGGCGCGAGAGUGAGAGUUCGUCCAUAACCUAUCAGAGUUCAUCCGAUCCAGGAACAAUCGAAGACUCCGGCAGCUCUGAAAGUCAAGGUUCACCACCGGCUCCGCCAGGAAGUCCACGGUCGCCUGAACAGCCGAGCAAGGAUGAAGACGGCCGAGAAAUUCCCACUAUAGAGACCACCCCGACAAAUGGAGAAGCAUCACAGAGGAGACAGCGGGUUCGCUUCCGGUCCGCUCUCAGUGUCGACUACGCUAGUCCCGAAAGCAGUGAAGAUGAAAGCUCUAUUCGAGAAAAGGAAAAGAGUGAGCGUGACCGAGCGCAACGCGAGGAUCAGCCACAUCUCAUUUCCACGCCCUACGUCCAUGGAUCGCUAGACAUCACAGAAACUCCUCUUCGCGAGCGGACAACGGGAGAAGACCUUCAGCGAGCGGAAAAGACCUCUGUUGAGGAGAAGCCAGCAAGCACUCGGGCAGCAGAAGCCGUCGGCGAUGUCGGUCGCACAGCCAAGGACAAACUCCGAUGGCUGCGGGACACGGUGCACGGCAAGUUGUCCCGGUGGAGUGAUCGGCUGGGACGCCCUGAACCAGGUGGGGAUAACCUACAACCCGGUGUCUACCAUGCCGAAUGGGCAUCAGGCGGCGCGGCGCCUCUGGGAGAUGUGACUGACAACAAGGACAAGACUCACGAGGAAAAGAAGGCAAAUCAAGCCACAUCCACAUCUGAAGCGCACCGCCUGGUGCGUGAGCUGACGCAGGACCAGUCCGGUAAUCGGCGCAGUGCGCAGGGGAAGCCAUACCCACACACCGGCACCAAUUUGCAGGGCGGCCAGAACGACUAUGGACUUGAAUCGGGUCUGCGGUAUCGAGCCGGUGGUGGGGGUGUUCUGUCGCAGCUGAUGAAACUGAAUGGCGGCCUGCAACAAGGAGGUGGACAACGAUCGCCGAGCAUGACCUCUGAGCCCGGGACCUCGGGGACCACAACUCCGAAGAAGGAAAAGUUAAAGUGGUACAAGAAUAGACCGCAGAACCGGUCGACGUCGACCCUGGUUGGCGCUUCGGGCAGCCUGAGUGGCGCGAGCACUCCUGUGUCUAGCGAGAUCCUUUCCGCCGCGUCGAAGCGCCGUGGUGGACAGCAGCCCCAAAGGGGGUUGCGGCUGGAGGACGAAAUCCAGGUGACGGUGCAAAUCGCGGAGAUCAUUGCGCGCCAGCGGUACAUUAUGCAGCUGUGCAAAGCGCUGAUGUCGUGGGGCGCCCCGACGCAUCGGCUCGAAGAGUACAUGCAGAUGACGGCCAAGGUUCUCGAGGUGGACAGUCAAUAUCUGUAUUUUCCCGGGUGCAUGAUCAUGUCAUUUGACGAUCCGUCGACGAGGACGACCGAGGUGAAGCUGGUUCGGGUGGCUCAGGGGAUUAACUUGCAAAAGUUGGCCAACACUCAUCGAAUCUACAAGAAUGUAGUGCAUGACGUGAUCGGGGUGGAAGAGGCCAUCCAGGAACUGGAGGAGAUCGAAAAGAAGCCGCCGCGGUUCAACAAGUGGAUCGUUGUGCUGGUGUACGGAUUGGCGUCUGCGACUGUGGGACCGUUUGCGUUCAAUGCUCGGCCGAUCGACAUGCCCAUCAUCUUCUUCAACGGCUGUCUGCUCGGGCUCAUGCAACAAGUGCUCGCACCUAGCUCGGCGCUCUAUUCGAAUGUCUUUGAGGUGACGGCCACGGUGCUGACCUCGUUUCUGGCCCGGGCCUUUGGUAGCAUUCCAAAGGCCGUCAUUGACGGCAAGCGGCAGUAUCUCUUCUGUUUCUCCGCCAUCGCCCAAUCCUCCAUUGCGCUUAUCCUGCCCGGCUUCCUGGUGCUGUGCAGCAGUCUCGAGCUGCAGUCUCAUCAGAUCAUUGCGGGGUCGAUCCGAAUAGUUUACGCGAUCAUCUACUCCUUGUUCCUUGGAUACGGCAUCACGGUAGGGACGACCAUCUACGGACUGAUGGAUGGUGCCGCGGUAUCCGACAUUAAUUGUCCCAAAGCCGGGGCCUUCAAAAACCAAUACGUGCAGCGGUUCCCCUUCGUGGCUCUCAUGACCGUUUGGCUGCUCAUCAUCAACCAGGGCAAGUGGAAACAGUUACCCGUGAUGUCGACAAUCGCCAUGUCCGGGUACAUCACCAAUUACUUUAGCACGAAGAGGCUGGGGUCCAACUCGCAAGUCGCCAACACCGUGGGCGCGUUCACCAUUGGCAUCAUGGGCAAUCUGUACAGUCGGCUGUGGCACGGACACGCGGCCACGGCCAUCCUCCCCGCUAUCUUUGUGCUGGUUCCCUCGGGGCUGGCAGCGUCCGGGUCGCUGAUCACCGGCGUAGCGUCGGCCGAUCAGAUUCGGCACAAUAUUAGCACCCCCUCGGGGUCCCAACAGCCGGGGGCGGGACUGUCCACCAAUUCGUCUGUGUGGACGCUGGCGGUCGGGAUGGUACAGGUGGCGAUUGGCAUUACGGUUGGACUGUUUCUGGCUGCGUUGGUGGUGUAUCCGUAUGGCAAGCGACGGAGCGGCUUGUUUAGUUUCUAG